AAAAAAAGGUUCACCAUUUCCCGUUCACCACAUAGCCACUCGGCCCACUCCGAACCUACGAUUUCCCACCACUAGAAGUCGAGAAAAUUCACGUUAAUUAGAGAUUGAUCAAUCUCACACACAUAAACACUAAACCGUCAGACUCACUAUUCAGCCACUCAAACCCACAAUUUUCCGAACACGAAUUAUAAAACUCACUGGAAGUCGAAAAAGUUUAUGUUAAUAUCCGAGAUUGGUCAAUCUCACACACACGAACAAUAAAUCGCUGACUCGAAACUCGUCCCACAUUAUUUUCAACUCUUCCUCUCCUCUCCCAUGGAAGCUCGAAGAAGAUACAUUUUCUCUCUCCUCAAUUUCAUCUUCAUUCUUCAUCUUCCACUCUCAACUCUCUCUCAUCGUUCUCUCUCCUUAAACCCUAACCCCUGGUGCGAUCGAAAAACCCUACCAAAUCCACAAUCACUACGAACCGAUCAACUAACGGUCCUCAUAAACGGAUAUUCGGAGCUCCGAAUCUCUCUCCUGAGUACGAUCGCCGGAGUUUACGCAGCGUCGCCGGUGAUCGCCGCCGUCGUCGUACUUUGGGGGAAUCCAUCGACGCCGGCGGAAACCCUAGAUUCUCUCUCCUCGAAUUUCUCUCUCCUCUACUCCGCGGGUGCACCUGUUACCGUGGUCCGUCAAAAAUCUAACAGUUUAAAUUCGAGGUUUCUUCCACGCCGUUGGAUUAGGACACGUGGCGUGCUUAUAUGUGACGAUGAUGUUGAGGUGGACCCCAAAUCGAUUGAGUUUGCGUUCAAGGUUUGGCAGGUGAAUCGGGACCGUUUAAUUGGGUUGUUUGCAAGAUCGCACGGUUUGGAUUUAAGGAGGAAGGAAUGGAUCUACACCGUUCAUCAAGAUCGAUACUCGAUCGUGUUGACUAAGUUUUUGAUGUUGAAUGUUGACUUUUUGUAUUUGUAUAGUUGUGGGAGGGAGGGGUUGGAGGGAAAGUUUAGGGAGUUGAGGGGUGUAGUUGAUAAUAUGUGUAAUUGUGAGGACAUAUUGAUGAAUUUUGUGGUUGCCGAUGUGACGGAGCGGGGCCCGCUCCUUAUUGGAGCCGAGCGAGUUAGAGAUUGGGGGGACGCGAGAAACGAGGUAGUUAUUGGGAAACGAGAGAAAGAGGUCGGUGUUGGAUUGAGCGGCGUGAAGAGAGGUCUUGGAGAACAUAGAAAGAGGAGGGGAGAGUGUAUAAGAGAAUUUCACAAGGUUUUAGGUAGAAUGCCAUUGAAGUAUAGUUAUGGAACCGUGGUUAGCCCGGUCAACGAGCAAGGGUUGUGUGAGAAAGGAGGAAAGUUAGUUCCUUGUGACCAACAAAUACUUGAAUGAAUGAGAUUAAACGACGUAUGAGUUAUGUAUUAUGAUAGUUUACCUAUUAAACAUUAGGAUCAAUGUUAUUAAAAUCAUGAUUCAGAUUGUAGAAUCGAUCCCAAUUCACCCAAAUGAUAUAAUUCGUCAAUAGAAUUGUUGGCUGUAGAAUCGGUUAAAAUCUGUGGAAUUGGAUCGAUUCCACAAUUCUAUUAUCGAUUCUCACGAUUCCACUCUUGCAAAAAAUCUGAUUUUUCGAAACCCAUAACUUUUGAUUGCGAAGCCGAAAUUGGGCUUAUAAUAAAUCGUUGGAAAUCUCUUUAAAUCUACUUCUAAUA